AGAAGAGAGAGAAAGGAGAAGGAAAGACAGCGGGCCAACGUAAAGAGUGGCAGUGCAGCAAAAGCCAAGAAAAAUACAAAAAAUGAAAACAGGCAAAAAAUGGACCUGGAGGAGAGAGAUGCUGAUGAAGGAACUUCCAAGAGAAAAAAGAAGCAGGGAUGUGCCAAACAAGAAGCAAAAGAAGAGGAUGGUGUUGAGCGGAGAGUAAAGAAGAAAGUAGAUGACACAAAGAAGAAAAAGUACAAGAACAUAGUUUUGACAAGCUCAGAGCAAGAGUCAAGUGAAGAAGAUGAUGGUGAGGAAGAAGAUAAUGAUGAGGAGGUGAAGCCUGAGGCUCUGACACCAGAGGAGCUGGAGAAGCUGAAGGAGGCAGUGGACGAGAGGAAAAAACUCAUCCAAAGUCUAAGGGGAAAGCCCUGGUCCAUGAAAAAGAAACUUGUGACUUUACGGGAGUCACAGGAGUUUGUCGAGAAAUAUGAAGGAGCUCUGGGGAAAGGGAAAGGCAGGAAACUGUACGCAUACAAGGUCAUGAUGACCAAGAAAUGGAUGAAGUUUCAACGGGACUUUGAAAACUUUAAAACCACCUGCAUUCCAUGGGAGAUGAAGAUCAAGGAAAUUGAAAGUCAUUUUGGUUCCUCAGUUGCUUCCUACUUUAUUUUCCUGAGGUGGAUGUAUGGAAUCAACAUGAUCUUGUUCGGUCUGACCUUUGGCCUGGUCAUGGUGCCAGAGGCACUAAUGGGCCGACCCUAUGGCAGCAUCCCAAGGAAGACUGUCCCAAGGGCUGAAGAGGCCAGUGCCAUGGACUUCGCUGUUUUAUGGGACUUUGGGGGUUACGCUCAGUAUUCAGUCCUCUUCUAUGGUUACUACAACAACCAGCGUGCUAUUGGUUGGCUCAAGUUCCGUAUGCCUCUCUCUUACUUCCUGGUUGGCGUGAGCACGGUGGCCUAUAGCUAUAUGGUGGUCAUUAGAACGAUGGCCCGUAAUGCCAAUGAGACAGGGAUUGGAGAUGACAUCAGCUUCAACUUCAGCUGGAAAAUGUUUACCAGCUGGGACUACUUGAUAGGAAACCCUGAAACAGCAGACAACAAAUUUGCCUCCAUCACCACCAGCUUCAAGGAAGCGAUUUUAGAGGAACAAGAGAGUCAAAAGGAUGACAAUAUCCAUCUGACGCGUUUCCUGCGAGUGCUUGCCAACUUCUUGGUCCUGUGCUGCUUAGCGGGAAGUGGAUAUCUCAUCUAUUUUGUCGUGCGGCGCUCUCAGAAGUUUGCCCUUGAAGGACUUGAAAACCAUACGUGGUGGGAAAGAAAUGAGGUAAACAUGGUCAUGUCUUUGCUGGGGAUGUUCUGCCCGAUGCUGUUUGACGUUAUUAGCACUUUGGAGAACUACCACCCUCGUGUGGCCCUGCAGUGGCAGCUGGGACGCAUCUUUGCCCUUUUUUUGGGAAAUCUUUACACAUUCAUUAUUGCACUCAUGGAUGAAAUCAACCUCAAAAGGGAAGAGGAAAAGAUAAUUAAGUUUAAUGUCACCACGUGGGAAGCCAGUCUUUACAAUGGCACGGUAUCAGAAAACAGCACUGCUCCACCCUCCAGAAUCCAACCCGCUGACAUGCCCAGAGGACCCUGUUGGGAAACGAUGGUGGGCCAGGAGUUUGUUCGGCUGAUAAUAUCUGACACCAUGACAACCUACAUCACGCUGCUAAUUGGUGAUUUCCUGAGAGCUGUGCUGGUUCGUUUUCUCAACCACUGCUGGUGCUGGGACCUCGAGGCUGGAUUUCCAUCUUACUCAGAGUUUGAUGUGAGUGGAAACGUCUUGGGAUUGAUCUUCAAUCAAGGCAUGAUAUGGAUGGGUGCCUUCUACGCACCCUGCCUACCAGCUCUGAAUGUUCUGCGGCUGCAUGUCUCCAUGUACCUGCAGUGCUGGGCUGUGAUGUGCUGUAAUGUGCCACAGGAAAGGGUGUUCAAGGCUUCUGGCUCCAACAACUUCUACAUGGCCAUGUUGUUGGUCAUCCUCUUCCUAUCCACUUUGCCUGCCAUCUACACCAUCGUCUCUAUUCCUCCUUCUUUUGACUGUGGACCCUUCAGUGGGAAGAACCGCAUGUUUGAUGUAAUUCAUGAGACACUGGAGUCAGACUUUCCAGCCUGGUUUAGUAAGAUCUUCAGCUAUGCCUCUAACCCUGGACUGGUGUUGCCCUUCAUCUUGCUUAUGGUCUUGGCCAUUUAUUAUUUGCAGUCCACAUCCAAAAGUUCUAAAGAAGCCAACAUGGAACUGAAGAAAAAACUACAAAUGCAAAAUGAAGAGAACAAGAAGAAGAAUAAACGAGCAGCAAUGAAGGCUGCCAUGGAUCUGGAAGAGGCCAGAAAAGCUGCAGACUGCCAGAGGAACAACAGUGCUUCACUGCAAGUACACAAAGCAGAUAACCAUGGCAACACUCAGAGGCUGCACCAUGGUAAAAAUGGUGGCAACUCACCUCGAGACCAAGAAAGACUACUUCCUCCCUCCAGAGCCACUGCCGCUAGAACCUAUCACCAUGGGAACCAUGGGCCGCCCGGACACCUGCCUGGAUUCUCUCUGCAGAGUGAACCCAGGAUGUACAGGGUGCCAAGCCUGCAGAGACACUGAUGGACAGGGAGGAAUCAAAAUCAAGCACAUUAUGUGGAGUCAUAUUUGAACAAAUGCACUC